UCAGGGGUCAGGGGCCACCGGAUGGCGAGGGAUCUGCUGCUGGUGGUGGAGACACCCGGUUCCCGGCCUAUGGCUCCGGCGCAGCGCUGCCCCCUGUGCCGCCAGACUUUCUUCUGUGGUCGCGGGCACGUCUACAGCCGCAAGCACCAGCGGCAGCUGAAGGAGGCUUUGGAAAGGCUCCUGCCCCGGGUGGAGGCGGCCCGCAAAGCCAUCCGCGCCGCUCAGGUGGAGCGCUAUGUGCCGGAACACGAGCGAUGCUGCUGGUGCCUGUGCUGCGGCUGUGAGGUGCGGGAACACCUGAGCCAUGGAAACCUGACGGUGCUGCACGGGGGGCUGGUGGAGCAUCUGGCCAGCCCAGAGCAUAAGAAGGCGACCAACAAAUUCUGGUGGGAGAACAAAGCUGAGGUCCAGAUGAAAGAGAAGUUUCUGGUCACUCCCCAGGAUUAUACACGAUUCAAGAAAUCCAUGGUGAAAGGUUUGGAUUCCUAUGAAGAAAAGGAGGAUGAGGUGAUCAAGGAGAUGGCAGCUCAGAUCCGCGAGGUGGAGCAGAGCCGGCAGGAGAUGGUUCGGUCUGUCUUAGAGCCUCAGGCAGUACCAGACCCAGAAGAGGGCUCUUCAGCACCUAGAAGCUGGAAAGGGAUGAACAGCCAAGUAGCUUCCAGCUCACAGCAGCCCUCAAACUUGGACCUGCCACCAGCUCCAGAGCUUGACUGGAUGGAGACAGGACAAUCUCUGACAUUCAUUGGGCAUCAGGAUAUACCAGGAGUUGGUAACAUCCACUCAGGUGCCACACCUCCCUGGAUGAUCCAAGAUGAAUAUACCUCUGGGAACCAACAAAUAGGACCAUCCUAUGAAGAAUUUCUUAAAGAAAAGGAAAAACAGAAGUUGAAGAAGCUCCCCCCAGACCGAGUGGGGGCCAACUUUGAUCACAGCUCCAGGACCAGUGCAGGCUGGCUGCCCUCUUUUGGCCGUGUCUGGAAUAAUGGACGCCGCUGGCAGUCCAGGUAUAUGUUCAAUGCCAGGUCUCCAACCUACCCACCCAAACCUCCUUUUUGGAGAUGUCACCCUUCUUCCUGUUAACCCUUUAUUUCCUUUCAGGCAUCAAUUCAAAAAUGAAGCUGCAGCAAUGAAGCAGUCACAUAGAGAAAAAAGCUAAUCAUGCUCUACCCAAUUACCAUGAGGCUAAAAGCAACGUCAACAAACCCCUACUAUCGUACCUUCCACCAAAUUAUUUGUCUUUCUUGAUAGAGGAAACAGACAUACUCGUUUAUUUGAUUUAAUAAAGUUUUAUUUUUCCAAAUGUA